CGUACGGAUUUUUUUAAUGUACGUUGUUCAGCAGCGAAAUAUUACUAACACCAAUGUAAUACCCACCGAUAAUCCACCAUCAUCAUGUAUCCGGACGACAGUGUUAUAUGCUGUAUAUUUCCGCAAAAAUGUAACAUGUACCAACGAACGCCGAUAAUUAUAUUUUGGGAAUCCAUCUGUUAUCUAAACAUGACCAUAAUUACAUGUGUAAUUGUCUUGGUUGUCUGGAGCAUAGUACGCCUGUACGCAAAGCUCGAUGUUUGUAGAUCGAUUAGUGUCUUAGAAGAGAGCGUGGGCUCGGUCGCGUGCACGGAAACCGCGGCGGCGGCAGGAGAAGAAGACGGCGGCGACGACGACGAAGAGAUCUCGGUGUACCGGAGCGAGGUGGAACUGUUGUGCGACAACUUCAACUCGUCCAACUCGGAAGUGACGACCACCGAAUCGGCGUGCACGUCCAAGUCGUCCGGUCCGAACGGGACGGCCGAACACGCCGAGACGUGCUGCAACGGUGGGUCGGCGUUCGACGCGUACGUUUCCACCGACGGCAGUUGUUGCAUGCGUUCGACGGCGAGUCAGGUCGCAGCGGUCCCGCCCAAGGGUCCGCGCGACGACCACCGUCCGAGCGCCGCGACCACGUCGUCCGAGUCCGAGAUGAUCGAUAUCCUGAAUCUGGAGGAUAAGAUCGCCAUGAGACCGGGGUGCGACAACGUUCGUACGAACACGAUUGACGGGAAAAAAAUGAACGAUAGUUUAUCGUCAUUGAAAAAUAAACCGUGCAGUUCGAAGCACAAAACUCAAAAUGCCAAUAACAAAUUGAAUAAUUUAAUGAUCGGUGAAAGCAGCAAGAUUGUUGCUCGCGGAAACCCCAAAGAUAAGAACAAUUACGAUGAUUUCGACGGCGACGACGAAGAUGAAGAAGACGAAAAUGAUUGCUGCGUCAUCAACAUGCGCGAUCCGAACUGUUCCAAAAAAGAAAAAAUUUGCAUUGACAAACACGAAAUCGAAAUCUGUCUAAAAUUCAAAGAUCAGAUGUAUCAUCCGACGGUUAAAGCAGACCAAUUUCUGGAAUUGAUAAAAAAAAAAUCCUGAUAACACCGACUGGUCAUAGAUACGUGAUAAAUAUUAAUCAACGAUCAUCACGCGAGAAGACGACACAUAGUAUUAUAAUAAUAAUAACGGUGUUACACCUACAAUAUUAUUUUAUGAAUUGUCUACGGGUCGUAAACACACGUAUCAUAUUGUUUACCGGAGAUACGCCGUGAAUUUCUUGUGCCGA